CGAUUUCUAUAUAAUCUCAUCUUGGAAUCCUUCUGUUUCUCCUUAUAUUGUUGCUGGUCUUAAGGCUCUUGAUUAAUCCAUUCUUUAGUGCUCAACUUUUUACUAGAUUGAGCUGUUUGAAAGAAGAGAACAAGACUUUCCACAUUCAUUUUGCAAUUAACAACAGAAGAGAGAUUACGAAAAGAUGGCCAAAGUUGCUGAGUUGAUAGAAGCUUCUAAAGAUGUCUUAACAUACUUAUAUUUGGCAUUCCUAGAAUUGCCAAUGUAUCAAAGAAUUUCCACUCUGGUGCUUAUCCCGUUCAUUUACAAUAUUACAUGGCAAUUUUUGUACUCUUUAAGAAAAGAUAGAGUACCAUUAGUGUUUUAUUGGAUUCCAUGGUUUGGUUCAGCAAUCCCAUAUGGUAUGCAACCUUAUGAGUUCUUUACCGAUUGUCAAAAGAAAUAUGGUGAUGUUUUCGCUUUCGUUUUAUUAGGUAGAGUUAUGACUGUUUAUUUGGGUCCAAAAGGUCAUGAAUUUGUUUUGAACUCCAAAUUAGCUGAUGUCAGUGCUGAAGAAGCUUACAGACAUUUAACUACCCCAGUCUUCGGUAAUGGUGUUAUUUAUGAUUGUCCAAAUGCAAGAUUAAUGGAACAAAAGAAAUUUGUCAAAGGUGCUUUAACUAGAGAUGCUUUCAAAUCUUAUGUUCCUCAAAUUAGAGAAGAAAUUAUUCAUUAUUUCCAAAACUCCAAAAACUUUAAAUUUGGUGAAAGAAAACAUGGUAUUUCUAACGUUAUGGCUACUCAACCUGAAAUUACUAUCUUUACUGCUUCAAGAUCCUUAAUGGGUAAACAAAUGAGAGAAAGAUUUGAUGAAAGUUUUGCAGGUUAUUACAGUGAUUUAGAUAAAGGGUUCACUCCAAUCAAUUUUGUUUUCCCAAACUUACCAUUACCAAGUUAUAGACGUAGAGAUUAUGCUCAACAAAAAAUCUCCUCAACUUACAUGGGUUUAAUUAAGGAAAGAAGAGAAAACAAUGAUAUUAAAGACAGAGAUUUGAUUGAUACUUUGAUGAAAACUUCAACUUAUAAAGAUGGUGUUAAGAUGACUGAUCAAGAAAUUGCAAACUUGUUAAUUGGUGUUUUGAUGGGUGGUCAACAUACUUCUGCUGCUACUUCUGCUUGGUUCUUAUUACAUCUUGCUGAAAAACCAGAAUUACAAGAGGAAAUUUAUCAAGAAAUUAUGAAAGUUACCGGCGGUGAAGAUGUUACUUAUGAUGAUUUACAAGAAAUGCCAUUAGUUAACAAUGUUAUCAAGGAAACUUUAAGAAUGCAUAUGCCAUUACAUUCAAUUUUCAGAAAAGUUAAAAACCCAUUACCAGUUCCAGGUACUUCAUAUGUUGUUCCAAAAGGUCAUCACGUUUUAGUCUCACCAGGUUUUGCCAUGACUAAUGAAAACUAUUUCCCACAACCAGAAGUUUACAAUCCACAUAGAUGGGACGAAGAUUCAACUUCAAAAGCUGCACAAGAUUCAAGUACUGUUGAUUACGGUUUCGGUGCUGUUUCUAAAGGUGUCAGCUCUCCAUACUUACCAUUCGGUGGUGGUAGACAUAGAUGUAUUGGUGAACAAUUUGCUUAUGUUCAAUUAGGAGUGUUGUUGACCACUUUUGUCAAGACUAUCAGAUGGAGAUACCCAGAAGGUAGAGGUCUUCCACCAGUGGAUUAUCAAUCAAUGGUUACUUUACCAUCUGAACCAGCUGAUAUUGAAUGGGAAUUAAGAGCUUAAAUAUAAAAAUUGAGAUUUCUAUAUAAUUUGAUUUGACAUAUACAAGUUUAAGUUCGUUUUUGAAAUGGGUUUUGUAGUUUCUACAGUAUGAUUUAUCCCACAGGUUUCAUUAGAU